AUGCACAAGACUGUAUCCCCUAACCAAACAGGCUUUAUCAAAGGCAGAUCAAUCACUGAUAAUAUCAUGCUUACUCAAGAAAUUGUCCAUAACAUAAACAGAACCUCUCCAGCUGGUAAUGUGGUUUUAAAAUUGGACAUGACUAAAGCCUAUGACAGGGUAUCAUGGGAAUACCUUUGUAAGGUCCUUAGACAGUUUGGCUUUGCUGAAAGGUGGAUUGAUAGUGUUUGGAGAUUAAUUACAAAUGUCUGGUACUCUAUCAAUAUUAAUGGGACCAGACAUGGCUUCUUCAACUCCACAAGGGGUAUCAAACAGGGAGACCCUCUUUCCCGUUCUCUUUUUAUCAUAGGAGCUGAAUUAUUUACUAUAAUGAUGGAAACACUAAAUCAAUCUAAAUUUAUUCCAUUUUCUAUGGAUAAAAAUGGCCCUAAUAUCUCUCAUUUGUGUUAUGCAGAUGAUACUAUUCUUUUCUCCUCAUGUGAUUCUCAUUCCCUGGGUCUCCUAAUGAGUAGAUUGGGGGAGUAUGAAGGUGUCUCUGGACAACUUAUCAAUAGAAACAAAUCUGGUUUUUAUGUAACCUUUAAAGAGGACGAUCCUAGAAUCAGCUUGAUAAAAGGGAUUACUGGUUUCAACCAUUGCCAAUUCCCUAUGAUCUAUCUUGGAUGCCCUAUUUACGUUGGGAGAAAAAAAAUUGUCUAUUUCAACACCAUGGUGGCUAAAGUAGCCAGAAGACUACAGGGAUGGCAGGGCAAACUACUAUCCUAUGGUGGUAAGGCUGUCCUUAUCAAAUCAGUGCUUCAGGCUCUUCCUUUACACCUUCUAUCUGCCGUUCACCCCCCUAAGACUGCCCUAGAUCAAAUUGAAAUGAUUAUAGCUAAUUUUUUCUGGGGUAUGGAUGGUGAUAGAAAAAAGAAACAUUGGAGUUCUUGGAAUGAUAUGAGCUAUCCAGUUAGUGAGGGAGGAGCAGGAUUCAGAUCUUUGAAGGACAUCUGCAACUCCUUCUCUGCUAAACUUUGGUGGAGAUUCAGAACUCAAAAUUCUCUACUGAGAUCUUUCUUAGAAGCUAAAUACUGCAAGAGAUUCCACCCAGUUGCUAAGAAAUGGGUUUAUGGCCAAUCCCAUAUUUGGAAGAGGCUUAUGGAUAGCAAUAAAAUGAUUGAACCUAUUAUUCUCUGGAAGAUUGGCAAUGGAGAAGCAUCAUUUUGGUGGGAUAAUUGGACUGAACUUGGUCCUCUUGCUAGACUGAAUAUCAUUAAUUAUAUUAUUUCUAUUGAGUUUAACCUUGCUAGGAAAGAUAUUCCGAUCUGGACUUCUGAUCCGUCAGGGAAAUUCAUUAGCAAAUCUGCUUGGCAUAUUGUUCGAAGGAGAAAAGGCACUACUCUGGCUAGUUCCAAAAUUUGGCACAAGAAAAUUCCUUUUAGGAUUUGCUUUUUCAUGUGGAGAGCUCUUCAAAACAAGAUCCCAUCUGAUGAUGCUGUGAAGAGAUUUGGAAUUUACCUUCCCUCUAUUUGCAAUUGCUGUCCUAUUCAUAAAAUAGAAACUUCUCAACACCUGCUCAGUGAAAGCAAAAUUACUACACAAGUCUGGGAAUAUUUUUGCAACACUUGUGGUAUAGAUCGUGUACAUGGGAAACUCAGAAUGUCCACCAUGAAAUGGUGGAUGGAUAAAGGUAAGAAUUUAGUUCAUACUUGUAUUUACAGUGCUUACCAGUUGCUAUUUGUUGGGAGAUUUGGAAAAACAGGUGUAGGGCCAGAUUUGAAGACAAGAAGAUGUCAACUUGGUUCAUCAUACAACAAAUAA